UUUAAAUUUUGAAACAUCAUCGUUUCACCAUAUCACCACCCACAAACACCUCUCUCUCUCUCUCUCUCUUCACCAUUUUCAUUUCUUUUCCCCAAUUUUCAAAACUUUUUAAACUUUCAAAUACCCUCAAACCCUAAAAUCUAUUCAAUCCGUACAUGCACAUAUAGACAAAAUACACCAGCGCUCGUUAUUUCGCUCGAUCUCCUUCCAUUUUAUUGGAUCUGCGGUUAUUGAUAAUUCGAUCCAGUUCUGUAGUGAAAUACAUCGUUUAUUGUAUCUCGGCGGUUGAUUUGGGGGAGGAGAUUGAUUUGGAAUUCAUGGAGGCUAUCGAGGAAUUGUCGCAGCUCUCCGAUUCGAUGCGGCAGGCGUCGGCGCUGCUUGCGGACGAGGAUGUGGAUGAGACGACGUCGUCGGCUGCUUCCUCCAAGCGCCCAUCCACUUUCCUCAACGUCGUUGCUCUCGGAAAUACUGGUGCAGGUAAGUCUGCGGUACUCAAUAGUCUCAUUGGGCAUCCUGCAUUGCCGACUGGUGAAGGUGGUGCAACACGUGCUCCAAUAUGUGUUGAUUUAACAAGGGAUGCUUCCCUAAGCACCAAAUCCAUUAUUUUGCAGAUUGAUAGUAAAUCUCAACCAGUUUCUGCAAGUGCUCUUCGCCAUUCUUUACAAGAUAGAUUGAGCAAAAUAUCUGGCAAGAGUCGUGAUGAGAUAACUUUGAAGCUCCGUACAAGUACAGCUCCACCAUUAAAAUUGAUUGAUUUACCUGGUGUAGAAAAGGGCAAUCUUGAUGAUUCAUUGAGCCAGUAUGCUGAACGCAGUGAUGCGAUAUUGCUGGUUGUAAUACCUGCUUCUCAAGCUCCAGAAGUGGCCUCAGCUAAGGCUAUCAGAAUCGCAAAGGAACUUGAUGGAGAGUGUACAAGAACUGUUGGUGUGAUUAGCAAGAUAGAUCAAGUGGCUUCAGAACCAAAAGUCCUUGCUGCUGUUCAGGCACUAUUGUUAAAUCAAGGACCUAGAAGUACAUCUGACAUCCCAUGGGUUGCUUUGAUCGGUCAAUCGGUCGCUAUAGCAUCUACUCAAUCAGGAAGUGGUGGAGCUGAUAAUUCGUUGGAAACUGCUUGGCGAGCAGAGAGUGAAAGUUUAAAAUCUAUAUUGACAGGAGCCCCUCAAAGCAAGCUUGGGAGGUUAGCAUUGGUUGAGACCCUUGCUCAACAAAUUCGCAGUCGCAUGAAAGUUAGGCUGCCAAAUCUUCUUUCAGGGCUUCAGGGUAAGUCCCAAGUUGUGCAGGAUGAACUUUUCAGACUUGGUGCCCAGAUGGUUAACAGUUCUGAGGGUACAAGAGCUUUAGCUUUGGAACUUUGCCGUGAAUUUGAGGACAAGUUCCUCCAGCAUAUCACAACGGGAGAGGGUGGGGGAUGGAAAGUGGUUGCUAGUUUUGAAGGCAAUUUUCCAAACAGGAUCAAGCAACUACCUUUAGAUAGACAUUUUGACAUUAAUAAUGUUAAAAGGAUUGUGCUCGAAGCAGAUGGUUAUCAACCUUACCUUAUCUCUCCUGAGAAAGGGCUGAGGUCAUUAAUUAAGGGUGUUUUGGAGCUAGCAAAAGAACCUUCACGCCUUUGUGUUGAUGAGGUCCACCGGGUACUUGUUGAAAUUGUCUCAUCUGCUGCAAAUGCCACACCAGGCCUUGGAAGAUACCCUCCUUUUAAGCGGGAGGUUGUGGCAAUUGCUACAGCUGCUCUGGAAGGAUUUAAGAAUGAAGCUAGAAACAUGGUAGUUGCACUUGUUGACAUGGAACGUGCAUUUGUUCCUCCUCAACAUUUUAUACGUUUGGUGCAGAGGCGGAUGGAUCGACAGCGACGCGAAGAGGAGGUGAAAGGUCGAUCUUCCAAAAAGGGUUCUGAGGCAGAGCAAUCCAUAUUAAAUAGGGCAACUAGCCCACAAACUGGAGGCCAGCCAAGUGGUGGGAGCUCAAAAUCGAUGAAGGAUAGCAAAUCCAAUCAGCAAGAAAAGGACAAAGAUGCACAAGAAGGAUCUUCACUGAAGACUGCAGGGCCAGAUGGGGAAAUAACAGCAGGUUUUUUGUUGAAGAGAAGCACCAAAACUAAUGGUUGGAGUAAAAGAUGGUUUGUUCUAAAUGAAAAAACUGGAAAACUUGGGUAUACAAAGAAGCAAGAAGAGAAGCAUUUUCGUGGUGUCAUCACUUUGGAGGAAUGUAAUCUGGAAGAAAUUACGGAAGAUGAGGAAGCUCCUCCAAAGAGUUCUAAAGAUAAAAAAGCAAAUGGUCCAGAUGCAGGAAAAGCACCUAGUCUUGUAUUCAAGAUAACCAGCAGGGUGCCAUAUAAGACUGUUCUGAAAGCUCAUAGUGCUGUUGUGUUGAAGGCUGAGAGUGUGGCAGACAAGACAGAAUGGUUGAAUAAACUAAGAACUGUUAUCAGUUCUAAAGGAGGUCAAGUGAAGGGUGAAUCUAGCCCAGCGAUGCGGCAAAGUCUUUCGGAUGGUUCUCUUGAUACAAUGAGCAGAAGACCUGUUGAUCCAGAAGAAGAACUUCGAUGGAUGGCUCAGGAAGUACGUGGUUAUGUUGAAGCUGUUCUUAACAGUCUUGCUGCCAACGUCCCAAAGGCAGUGGUUCUUUGCCAAGUGGAAAAGGCGAAAGAAGACAUGCUUAAUAAGCUAUACAGUUCUGUCAGUGGUCAAAGCAUGGCAAAAAUAGAAGAGCUGCUCCAGGAGGACCAAAAUGUUAAAGGUAGAAGAGAGCGUUACCAGAAACAGUCCUCUCUUCUUUCGAAGCUCACUAAACAACUAAGUAUUCAUGACAAUCGGGCAGCUGCUGCAUCCAGCUACUCAAAUGGUGUUGGAGCAGAGAGUAGUCCGACUGCUUCUGGUCCAUCAUCAAGUGGUGAUGAUUGGAGAUCUGCAUUUGAUGCUGCUGCAAAUAGCCCAUCUGAUUCGAGAUCCAACGGUCACAGCCGCCGUAACAGUGAUCCUUCACAAAACGGCGAUGCUGCGAACUCUGGCAGCCGCCGCACACCUAACCGUUUGCCGCCUGCUCCUCCACCAUCUGGCUCCGGUUAUAGAUUUUAGAGACAUAGAUGGAUGAUUUUGACAAUUGAUUCUUGCUAUUCUUGUUUGCUGGUUUGAUCAGUUUCUUUGAGCUCCUAUCGAGCUCGAAAUCUUGUUAUAGUUGCUGCUCUGAGGGAUCGGUAGAGACAUCUUUUUGUAUAUAAAUAUAAUGAUUAAAUGUUGUCCUUUUUUUCGUCGAUUGUGUUGCAGUUGCUGAACUUUUUCUUUCUUCCUAUUUUUGUAUUGGCAGAAUUCCCUUAUUAAAAAAACAUCCAUCACAGCCUGUUGGGAAUUUGUCUUAUUUCUGCGUUUUGAAUGAAACAGAUGUAUCGUUUUUGUACGAGUAAUGAUAUAUUUUUGUUUUUUCA